GAUUCUCUACAGUGCCUGAGCAUGCAGGGCCAUUGGGUUGUGCUAGCUCUUUGCUGGCUGGGGCAGCUGUGUGUGGCUCAGAAUUUGAGGCCUCAGAUUGCAAACCCCAAACUUGCUACAAAUAAUCCUACCCUUACUACAAUUGCUCUAGAGAAACCUUUCUGUGUGUUUGAUGAUUCACUGUCUCCAGGUAGCUCCUAUGUGGUCUACUUGUAUGCAAUGGCUGACUCUGCAAGCACUGUAAACUCAGCUGUGACUGACAACAGCAGCAAACCUCUCAACACCACUUUCCAAGACACCAACGGAGGACAACUUGGACCUUACAGGGCUGCAUUGUUUAAUGUGCCCAAUUGUGCAUCGCCCCCCCUGCUGGCUGAUGUUGUAAAUGUGAAAAAAGUUUCAGAUGUCUUGAAACAAUACCUCUUCAGAGUGGGAGACGAUGUGACUUGUUUAUAUGACCCAAACUUCCCCGGUGCCUGUAACCCUCCUCUUGCCGAUGAUACAACCUACAGGUUUAAGUACCUCUUAGUAGAUGUGGUUGCAGGUGUUGUGAAAGACCAAACUCUCUGGUCUGAUCCAAUGAAAACCAGUAGGGUAAAACAGGCUUCAACAAUUGAUACCUGGCCUGGGCGAAGGAGUGGAGGAAUGAUUGUCAUCACCUCAAUCUUAAGCACUCUUAUGUUCCUUCUUGUUGUUGGAUUUCUUGCCUCCAUAUUCUUCUUUGUCAUCAGGGCAGCAGGAGAGGCAUGCACAGAGACCACACAUGAGUCUCGGACUACCCAGCAGGGUGUACCAAGAUCUCAGGGUAGCUCUGAGGGAGUGAACCAGUGA